AUGGGUCGAUACGAACGAACGAUAUUCAAAGUAAGCAAAGGCACAAUAAUUUAUCUUGGCCCCAUAUUACCAUCCUCGAAAGAGCUUCAGCUCCCAAAUUUAUUUAACGAAAACCCCGGACCAUUUUCUACCUUGUUCUAUUCACAAUCCCACGAACAAGAUCAUCCUAAGUCAACGAUACAAUCUUUCACUAAACUACAGCCAUCAAUUUCCCCUCAAUCCUCACGCCCAAAUUCAACCGAUAUCGUAAUAGAUAAACCGUCAAGAAUACCAAUAAAACCCAUCAUCUCUCUUCCCACCAAUACCGACAUUCCCUGGAAUGUUGGUGCUUUUGGAAAACUCUUGAGAAUCUCGACAGUCGUUUCGAGAUUAAUGUUAGGUAAAAGGUGGACUGUCAACUACGCGAGAGCAUCUAUGAUUAUCCUUAUUGCAUUGAUUGUGUUUGUGUUUUGUCAUGAAAAUUGGAGGGUAGAGACGGUGAAAGGAAAGUCGGUUUGGAAGAAUGUCCGAGCCGUGAUUCUUUAA